UCUCCUCCACCUCACCCCACCACCCCCAGGUGACUGACUGUCUGUCUGUCCCUCUGUCCCCCAGUGCUGCGUCUGGGCAGCUCGGCCGAGGCGCUGGAGGCGGCGAAACGGGCCAUUCACCUGUCGGACAUGGUGCUGCGCUUCUGCGUCACCCUCAGCCACCUCAACAGGGCCAUGUACUUCGCCUGCGACAACGUCCUCUGGGCAGGCAAGACAGGGCUGGUGCCCGGCGUGGACCAGGAGAAGUGGAGCCAGAGAUCCUUCAGGUAUUAUCUCUUCGCCCUCCUGGUGAACCUGAGCCGGGACGUCUACGAGCUCCGCGUCCUGAUGGAGCGUGAGGCCGGAGGGAAACGACCCAAGGGGGGGGAGAACGGAGCUCGCCGCCCCCCGCCCGACAACGGCCUCCACCAGUUGGCUUUGAAGGUCCAGCUCCAUCUCCAGCUCCUCCUCAAGGUCCUCAGGAACAACCCUCCUCUGCUGCUGGACCUGGUGAAAAACGCCUGCGACCUCUUCAUCCCCUUGGACAGGCUGGGCUUGUACCAAACCAACGCGGGGUUCGUGGGGCUCUGCGGCCUCACCUCCUCCCUCCUCUCCAUCCUCGCCAUCCUCCAGCCCUGGCUCAAACUCAAGCCUUAAAUUCUGCCCAAAUCUCUCCAAACCGACCCCCCCCCCCGGGAGGAUUUUUGGAGGGUGGGGGGGCAGGGGGGGGUGUUUGUGUGUAUCCGUGUGUUCUCUCCCGAAUCCCUCCCAGGAGGGCACAUCCCACCCCCGUUUUGACACUUUAUUUUCCCUUUUUAAGGAUUUUA